CAACGUAAUUUUACCGCCGCGUGCGCCACGUUAACUAAAUCAAAUAUAAAUAAAUUAAUUAAAUAUAUAUAGUACUUGCAUAAAUUUGCAUUUUAUGUGCCAAUUAAUUAUAAUUGCAUUUAUAGUUGUCAAUUAAAGUGAAAGCUUGCACGUUAUGCUGCAGCCCAGUGCCAAAUAUAAUAAAAACAACAACAGCAACUGCAGCGACAACAACUCGUACAAUUAACAACAGCAGCAACAACAAUACGACGCGUUGCAGAUGGAAAGCAACGCAUUUGUUAGCAGCCAUUUGCCAUCUCAAGCGCUUGUUGUACUAUCGGAGGCCGCUUCCGGUUUGCAUGAGGCUCUGCGUGGACAACGUCCGUUUCCAGCAAGAUUACCUGACGCCAAAGAUCUACACAACAUGUCCCUAGUCGGCAACUAUAGCACACAAUUCCUGCAUAACUUUCAUCCGCAUCUGCUGCAGACGCUCAACCAUGGGAUGCUGGCGGCCAAUGGAGCCGCUGCGGCUGCUGCGGCGGCUGCUGGGCCCGGCGGCUACUUUGCCAGCGAGCGCUCGCCGCUGGGCAAGCCGUCGGUGCUGUCGAACUUCUCACUGCCGUCGGCGUUUUCGCCACCCAAGUACAUUGGCAUAUCGCUGGAUCAGAAUCUUUUCAAUGGCAGCGAAUCGUUUCGCACAGACUCGGCCAGUCCCACGUGCACAUCACACGAAUCCAUGGAGGGAUCACAGGAUUACGAUGCUGUUGAAAAGGGUGAAAGUCCGCGCAGCAAUAAUUCGCAGGAUCCCAGGGAUUUGAGACAUCUGCAUAAUGCGAGCAAAGCGCAUACGGUGGCCUCAUCCUCGACCGCGUCCAGCAGCAGCAACUCCUCCUGCUCCACCAGCUCCGCAGCAGCAGCAGCAGCUGCGAUUAGCUCGGCCGCCGUCGCUGCGGCCACCAGCAGCGCCGUCGUGUCCAUGGCCACGCAUCUGGCGGCGCAUCAGUCUUCGUCGGCGGCUCAUCAUCAUGCCCAUCACCAUGGGCAUGGCCACAUAGCAGCAGCAGCCGCUCCACCACCCACGCAUCAUCACAUGGCGCACGCCCAUCCGCAUCCGCUCUCCCAUCAUCAUCAUGCCGCCGCCCAUCACGCCGCCCUCGCCAGCCUCAGCAUGGCCGGACUACGCGCCGUGCCCGGUGGCCUGAGCUUGGUCAGCGGUUUGCAGGCCGCCGCCGCCGGUGGUGCCAUACCCGAAAUGUGUCCCGUCUGUGGGCUCAAACUGAAUGCGGAGGAGUGGCACACGCACUUCCUCACCGAACUGGAUCGGCUCUAUAAAUUGAGCGCUGGCUUCGAGCGCGCCAAUCUCCAGGCCACCUACAUGUUUGCGCCGCCCUGUCCAGCCCAAGAGAACGCCAUACGCACCAGCCACAAUCGCUGGGAGACUUUUCAGCGCAUACGCAACAAUCGUCAAAAUCGUUUGCGUUUGAAGGUGCGCAAGCGUAAAUACGGCGAAAUGUACAUGAUGGAGAGUCUCUACUGUAGCAGCUGUCCCAUCUGCAAGCGCAAGUAUGCGCUGGAAACAGGCAAGCUGCCGCCAGAGGAAGAUGCCAAGCUGCAGGAUGAAAUUGAAACGGUGGAUGUGGAGAGCUGCAACGAUGAUGUGCCCGAUUCGGGCUCAGAGCUGCCGCGUGCGCCAAUUGCCAGCAGCAUGCACAACUCGAAUGCGCAGCCCGGCAAACUGGAUGGCAUACUCUAUCGCACGGCGUGUGUGAUCAACCAGAAGGAUGGCCAGCCCAUAGAGGAAGAUGCAGUUGCUGUGGCUGCCAGCAGCAGCAGCAGCGUCAGCUGGUCCGGCGACACCAGCGCCAGUCAGCAGUCAGCACAUAUCAGUGUUAAGAAUGUCAGCGAGCUGUCAUCGACCACGCAUCAUUAUUACAAUGCCGACUCCUGUGGCGAGCAGAGCAACAACAACAACAACAACAGCAGCAAUAACAAGGAGCUAAUGAUGGAUACGGCGGCGUGUCAGAACGACAGCGAUGAGGAUGUCAUUGUGGAUGAUGACGACACAGUCAAACUGUCGGGCAAGACGCACAGUUACAAGCGGCGACAGGACGAGAACGUGGGCAGCAGCAGAAGUGUCGAGAACAUGUCGCCAGCCAUGGAGGAGCGUCCACGCUCAGAGCCGCAAGUGAGCAGCACCGAGCCGGGACCCAUGGACAUAACACACAACAACAACAAUAACAACAAUAGUAAUAACAACAAUAAUACAACAGCAACCAAAUAUGUGGAGCCAAUGGAGCAUAGCUUGGCGCAGUUGAAUUCAAUGGGCGUGCCGGGAUUAACGCAAUUGGACACAAAGGUGGGAAUUAGUUCGGAUUUAAAACCGGACGAUGAAAACAAGUGUUUCAUUUGUAAGACAGGCAUAAAGGAUCUCAACACGGAUGCAUUUCUGCGUGGUCGCAACUUUUAUUUCCAUCAGAGCUGCGCCAACGUCAUGAGCAGCUACAGACUCAACAAGGAGCUGCUCAGCCAGGCGCAGGCUCAACGCGAGGCGGUCAAUACGGCAACGCCGCGCAGUCUCUCGCCCUCACCUGCCCAGUCGCCGCAGCAGAGCGUUGCCACCCCGGCCAUGGAGUAGCCAGUAGCGAACGAAGCAAUCAAUGCGUGAAUUUAUUACAGUUAAAAAUUAAUACAAAACAAAAAACAAAAGCAAAAACAAUUAAAUGCUAGCUAAUGACAAA